UACUUGACUCGUGAAUGCUAGUGACAGCACUGCUUACCUCAUGACUGAAACGCCGAUUCUAGCAUCAAGGGAAUUUUCUUGAGUCUGAUUCUGUUCAGUAGUUUCUGCAGGAAAAGCCUCCUGAACGCGUUUGACCCAAAACUUUAAACCUCAUGUUUAUUCCAUCGGUUCUGUUUUUGUUUUCUUGUGAUGAUUCUGAUCUGCUGCAGGUUUACAGCGUGACGUGUUUAGUUAUUAAUCACGCCAGGCCCUUCAUGGUAGAGCUAGCUGAGAGACGAUCAAUUAUCAACCUGCCUUGAAACUAAUUAGAGGCCUCAUCUCCCAGCUCGCCGCUUCACUCAGCACUAAGCUAACUCGUACGAGAACGCUGGAAAGUGACGACGGCCUCGGCUUGGACGUGUGUAAACAGAAGCUGAGUGACAGGCUGCAGGAUCCCUGGGAAGCACCUGGACUUGUCGGGGUCUGUUUGUUCACCUGGGAGACCGGUUUGGCUCCUCUGCAGCUCCUUUGACGUGGUGAAACCACAAGGCCGCUUGAUCGUCUUUCGCUGUUGGACUCUGGUGCUGCACAUUCUGUUUAUGCAACUUAGACCUGUUGUCACCCUCAAGAUGAUUUUGUUUUCCUGCAUGAAUGUUUUAGCGUUUUUCUGCAAACUUAAAUAAAACUAGUCACAGGAGGAGCCUUGUGUGAACCGGGAAAACCCUCGGUGAGAUAGUUUCACCCUGAAGACACGAAGACCAGUAACUCACUGUGCUGAGACCCACAACUACACUUUUAUGUAAAAGUGGUUUAAGCCAAAUAAAAUGACUGUAGCUGCUCUUCGAUGGGAUGUUUGGGUCUUCUUCGCUGCUGCGGCUGCAGACGGAGCAGAUCGGUGUGAAGCUGUUAGGAUGGAGCAGCUGUUGUUUGACAUCAGCUUCGGUUUCGUUCUCACUCACAUUUUCAGCUGGUAAUUAUUUCUGAUCAUUAAUGGAGGUUGUGUCUGUGUUGCCGUGACUCCUCGUUCCCAAAGCGUUUUACGUUCCGUCAUCACCCACGGGAACAUCGAGGAAUGCCGGCCUUUUCCUGAAAUGUUCGAGGCAUCUGAAGAAUUUUCUCAUAAUCUUUCUGUUCUGUCUUCAUGCCAGACAUGCUUGAUGUUUGAACUUCUUCAUCUGGUUCGUUGCCAGAGACGAAGGGUUCCCGACCUGAACAGGAAUACCAGCAGAGCCUUUUAGGAAGCAUCAGACUUCCCAUCACAGCAGGAGAUGACCUCAGCGUGAUUACUUGGAUCCAUGAUGGUGUAACACACGUGUAGAGAAAUGAGCUGUCUGGGCUUCCUUCCAUCUGAGAGCCAUCCAGCCAGUUUAAAGCUGAUUAUUCUUGAAGACUACGCCGACCCUUUCGAUGCUGAGCAGGCCGGCGGCGCUCCGACCACCACUGAAAAAGUCACGACUGAGAAUGACGGCUACAUGGAGCCGUACGAAGCCCAGAAGAUGAUGGCAGAGAUCAGGUCAGGUGGUCGGGGCUCAAAGGAAGGAUCUCUGCGGCAGCUCCCCCUCUACGACACGCCGUACGAGCCGACGGAGAACGGAGGCGAGUCCGACCCCGAGCGCCUACGCUGUCCCAGAGAGAGUCGACUGCCCCAGGAUGACGAGCGACCCCCGGAGGAGUACGACCAGCCCUGGGAAUGGAAGAAGGAGAGGAUUUCCAAAGCCUUUGCAGCUCUGCUUUGUUAUGACUGCAUUAGCUACGAGGGCUCUGUAACUGGAUCGGGUCCCGACAGAGGAAAGGACUCCGCUUCUAAACCCCUGACAGUAGAGAUUAAAGUGAUCAAGGACCUACCGUGGCCUCCUCCUGUUGGCCAACUCAACACGAGCCUUCCCCCGACGGAGGAGCUAGAGUCUCCUUCACUGACCGCUCAGCCGUCGCCAGGACAGACGAGCUGUGACCAGCACCACCAUGUCCAGUUUGAUGAAAAGUCGCGGAUGUCGCCCACCAAGGAUGGGAAAAGUCGCCCUCCACAGCGUCAUUCCAGCGGCUGUCUGGUCAACACCAAAAUGACUUCGCUGGACCACAGCAGCUCCUGUCUUGGGAAACGAGUUGACCCGAUGAUGCCUCUGGAAAGCCAGUUCUGGUACCAUGGAGCCAUCAGCCGAACAGAUGCAGAGUCUUUGCUGAGUCUGUGUAAGGAGGCCAGCUAUCUUGUUAGGAACAGCGAGACGAGCAAGAACGACUUCUCCCUCUCACUUAAGAGUAGCCAGGGCUUCAUGCACAUGAAGCUAGCUCGGACGAAGGAGAACAAGUACAUCCUGGGCCAGAACAGCUGCCCAUUCGACAGCGUGCCUGAGAUCAUCCACUUCUACUCAAGCCGCAAGCUGCCCAUCAAAGGUGCUGAACACAUGUCCCUGCUGUAUCCCGUAGCCAUCAGGACACUAUAGUGAUGCGGGCCACGGACUUGCAUUCGUCCCUGCAGAACUCCCAUGGCCACUGGCUGACUUUCUGUUUCUCUGGUCAGAACCUUCAUCGUGGAAACAUGAAACUGCUGAUUCUUACUCACCUUGCCGGCCAACAGAUUCCUUUUUUGAAGGCCUUCUUUGUAUUUUCUCACGCAGACAUAUUUUGUUUAUUGUAUUUUAUUUUAUUUAUGAUGGACAUCUGUUUAUCAUAUCAGAGACUGACCUGGCAAGCAUCACAUCAGUAACUGUUUAGCACUUGACACUCUGAGAAAAAGAGAGGUACACCGUAUCAUUGGUCACUGCGAUCAGCCCAUCUCAUUACCUCUUGUACUUUUGCUACUUUUGUUCAGUGACUGAGUUUGUUUUAGACAGGCAUUGUUGAUACCGUACUUCUUUGUCAAAGAGGACCUUGAAGAGGGGUAAGGGAAGCAACAUUUACUGUGCAUAUUGAGCAAAAUUGUCCAUGUGGGCCCCAUACAGUGGCCAGGGUAUUAAAGUGACCGGCUCCAGAUGAUGAGUCCCGAGCUGCAUGGAAACAAGAAGCCUGAGAGUGGUGCAGACUGAUCUCUCUGUUGUCACAGUGCAUGUUGUCUGCUAUCCAUCACUGAGCGGGCACAUCACACCAAUGACAGUGUAAGUACCAUGAUGGUGAGACAGGCAGGAAGAGCAUGAUGGAUGGGUCAGCCCAUCUGACACUGUACAAUUGGCUGAGGCUGGGGUCCAAUUGGACCAAAUUACCCCUGCUACCCCUGUGUGGAAUGGCUUUGCAUUGGGAAAAUGAAAUAUGCCUGCAUUGUCUACCUCAGAAAAUCAAUUUCUUUUCCCCAUCUGCAGAUCAAUAGGUACAACAGGAUUGCAGACAUCGAUCUGCUCACCCCAUGACAUUCCCAAUUCCUUUAAAGGGUGGUGUUGGGUGGACCGUGUUUCUUCUUUAAUACACUUAAUCUGAAUGAUGGAAAAUAAAAAGCAGAAUGUUUCCCUUUCUUUUGACCAGCAGUUGUAUGUGUAUCACUGUUAUAAAGCUGUGUGAUGUCAGUAAGAUAUUUGCUUGAUGCCUUAUAAUGCAUGGGUCUAAUCAGUCCAAUAGAUCUGCUCAUUUCCAAUUCUGCUUCUAAUGAUUGUUCAGUGACUGUUACUAAUAAUGAGGUGAUUCUUCAUAAUGUGCUGAUCCUCUGGUUGGCCCAUGAGCAGGUUCUGUUCUGAUGUGAUUGUGGUUUUAAGGACUUUUGCUUCAGCCUCGUUGGCUGAGGUGAGUGUGCACUUACUCUGACCGACAGACCGACCCCCUUCCCUCUGAGCCCACACAUCGAUCUCGGAGCAGCUUGUCUGAAGCAGAUAAACACUUACCUUCAACCUGUCAUGCUUCCACUCUGCAUUAAAGCCCCCACGUGUGUAUGAAUGUGUGUGUAACAUCAACUUUAUGUUCAUGCUCGCUGAAUGCUUUUUAAUUCAUAUGCAAAGCUUUGUACGAGCUCCAGAGUGUAACGGCGCUGAUGCCUGUUCACAACUUGUGGUUUUGGUUUAGUUAAGCAACAUAAUGCUUGUUUUUUUUUGUCCCAUUCCUGCUGUUUGUUUUUCUCCUAGCAGUAAUAUUUCCUGCUGGCAAGCAGAAGGAGCUGAUUGCUCAGAGAACACCAACAUGAACUCAUUCUAAUGAGAAUGCAUAACGUUAUGCUUACGCAACACAUUCUCACACCCGGAGCGGCUAAAACUGACGAAGGGUGACCAAGCGUUUGUUUCUGACGCAUUGGGAGCCCCGACGCUGUGCCAGAGCGUCACUUUCUGACGCUCGCAGUAAAACGGGGAUUCCACCAACAUUCAACCUUCCCCUCACCCCCAUCCUAACCUUAACCCAGUUUCUCGUUCUAGAUUCCCUGUUAAGCGUGUUUGAUAAGAACAACUAGGAUCAAAGUUUUGCAUUCGCAGGUGGGUUAAGGUUAGGAUGUGGGUGAGGGGAAGGUUGAAAUGCAAGAAGGUAAAGGUCACAAUUUGGUGAAAUCUCUGCUCUGGUACAGCACGUGGUCACACUUCGUCAGUUUUAGCCGCUGCCACUUCGACCUCAAGGGAUAAACCAUCAAUCCUGCUCAGUGGUCAACUUUCCUUGUGGGGCCCCAUAAAGACAGUGGGAGGGUUAAAUAAAGGAUUACACAGUAAAAACAGAAUGUUUUGGUUUUAUUUUGCUGCGCCGAAACCUGUUCCUGAGUCAAAGUUUGACCUGUAACAAAUAAAAAAAUUGGUCAUGUGUACACAUAUGGCUUCCUACUGAUUCCCACUGACAUAGAUGUUACGUAGUCCUCAUCACUGCUGUCCAUCUCUGGUUUUCUCUUCCUCUGAAGCAGAAACAACUCUUGCUGGUUAGACCGUGCGUCAGAAGAUUAUGUGCUGAAUAAAAACAAAACAAAGGUUUUA